AUGGCAGCUAUCAUCGAUAACACACAGCAAGCGCCGCUAUCGCCUGUCUCACAGAAGCGGAAACGCGCGGAUUCGGAGACUGCUCCUCUGAGCCCCCCACUUUCCGCGAGUCCUGCGUCCCCGUGCUCAGUGCCAACAAUUGCUGAGGGGACGCGUCUACUGUCACGCGCCGUCAACGUCCUCUCGACAGCCGCAACCGCUCUUUCACAAGUCAGCACCUUAUACGAAACAGAUCCUGUGGCCCGAGAAGGUUUGCUCCGGGCAGUUGACUUGGUUACCAAUCUCAAUGAGGCUGGUGGCAAGCUUAUCAUUUGCGGUGUGGGCAAGAGCGGUCUAGUGGGGCAAAAGAUGGUCGCGACCAUGAAGAGCCUUGGGAUAGGCUGCUCUUUCAUGCAUGCGGCCGAGGCAAUCCACGGCGACCUCGGAGAUAUUAGAAAGACCGAUGCCAUCAUGUUUAUCUCAUACUCUGGCAAGACUGGCGAGCUCAUGGCUCUGCUCGACCACAUACCUGCGCACACGCCUAUUAUCGCUAUUACCUCGCACACGCACCCUUCAAACUGCCCGCUCUUGGACGAACGCCCUGACGCCAUCCUGCUCCCUGCACCAAUUCACGAGCUCGAGGAAGUCUCCUUCGGCGUCUGUGCGCCCACAACCUCGACGACCGUGACGAUCGCCGUCGGAGAUAUGUUGGCCCUUACUGCAGCUGAGGCGAUGCACCAAGAGGAGACCAAGAGCGUCUUCAAGAGGAACCAUCCUGGAGGCGCCAUCGGGGCCAAGGCGCGGCGUCUUAACGACCAUACCAAGGAAGAUACCGUGAGCAAGCACGACGGCAUGAUCACACCGCCAGCUUUUUGA